UGUCAGCUGGGACACGGAGGGGCUGUUAACCCUCCUCUCCCACCUUCCUCCCGCCUCCUUUCCCUGCAAGGAGAGGAGAUAAGAGCUCCUCAGCCCCGCCAGCACUCCCCUCCCCGCUCCGCCGGUGCGGGAUGCCAUAGCGGCCCCGCGGCCCGGCCGCCCUCACUUCCCAUCUGACUGAGUGGCGAGAGGACGGCGGCGGCCCCCGCCUCCCGCGCUCCUCCUCGCUGCCGCCUGCGUGUGUGCCGCGGGCAGAGGGACUACAAAGGAGAAGGGGGAGCCGGGGGGCUACAUGAUCGAGGGCGGUGUGUGCACGCCGGUGGGGGGCAUAUCUGGCGAGGAGAAAACACAAGGUCAAGAGGCAGUUGUCCUCCUUCUCCAUGGAAGAAGACGGGAGCGAUGAGCCCUGAGGAGGACGACGAAGAGAAGGGGCGGAUGGCUGAGGGCUGCCGGGCUUCCCCUCGGGAGUGACGGGGCGCGGAGGGCUGAAGGGGCCGGAGGAGGCAGCGCUGGGGUCGGGAGGGAAGAGAGGAAGGCGAGAAGGAAGCGGGGGGUUUGAAUCUCCGCGGCUGGAUUAUUUCCCCUGAGGGGAAGCUGCCCCUGCCCGGGAAGCGCGGGCGGUGCUGCCAUCGCUGCCCGUCGCCGGCCGCGCCUCGGCCCAUGGCCCCAGCGGCGGAGAUGGACCCGGGCAGAGCGGGAGCAGCCCCCGCGCCCCGCGGCGCCGGGAGACCCUUCCCCUCCUCCUGCUGCUGCUGCUUCUCCUCGCUCCUGGAUGUGAACAGCUGGCUGCUCUUCUACGGCUUCUUGUACCUGGCCAUCUAUGCCCAGGUGUCCCAGUCCAAGUCCUGCGACAAGAUCUCCUGCUUCUCGGGUCAUUGUGUCAACUCCACCUGUGUCUGUGACCAGGGCUGGGUGGGAGACCAGUGCCAACACUGCCAGGGCAGGUUCAAGUUAACAGAACCUUCUGGAUAUUUAACAGAUGGACCAAUAAAUUAUAAAUAUAAAACUAAAUGUACAUGGUUAAUUGAAGGAUACCCAAACGCAAUACUAAGAUUAAGAUUUAAUCACUUUGCAACAGAAUGUAGUUGGGACCAUAUGUAUGUAUAUGAUGGAGAUUCAAUAUAUGCACCUUUAAUAGCUGUAUUUAGUGGUCUAAUAGUUCCUGAAGUGCGUGGAAAUGAAACUGUUCCUGAAGUAGUUACUACAUCUGGCUAUGCAUUGCUACACUUCUUCAGUGAUGCUGCUUAUAACUUAACUGGAUUUAACAUUUUUUACUCAAUUAAUUCUUGUCCUAAUAACUGCUCAGAACAUGGAAAGUGCACAACCAGUGUGUCUGUACCAAGCCGGGUGUACUGUGAGUGUGACAAGUAUUGGAAAGGAGAAGCCUGUGAUAUUCCAUAUUGUAAAGCCAACUGUGGCAGUCCAGAUCAUGGCUACUGUGAUUUGACAGGCGAGAAGCUGUGUGUUUGCAAUGAUAGCUGGCAAGGUCCAGAUUGUUCUUUGAAUGUCCCUUCUACGGAGUCUUACUGGAUUCUACCAAACGUAAAACCAUUCAGCCCUUCUGUGGGCCGGGCUUCCCAUAAGGCAGUCCUGCACGGGAAAUUUAUGUGGGUGAUUGGUGGAUACACUUUUAACUACAGUUCAUUCCAAAUGGUAUUGAACUACAAUCUGGAAAGCAGUAUAUGGAACGUAGUACCUGUGUCCAAAGGGCCACUCCAGAGAUAUGGACACACUCUUGCUUUAUAUCAGGAAGACAUCUACAUGUAUGGAGGCAAAAUUGAAGCAAAUAAUGGCAACGUUACCGAUGAGCUGUGGAUUUUCAACAUACACAGUCAAACGUGGAGUGCCAGAACUCCUGCAGUUCUUGUACAUGGCCAACAAUAUGCUGUGGAAGGUCAUUCAGCACACAUAGUAGAGCUGGACAGCAGAGACGUAGUUAUGAUUAUAAUUUUUGGAUAUUCUGCCAUAUAUGGUUACACAAGCAUUGUGCAAGAAUACUACAUCAGGUCUAAUUCUUGGCUUGUACCAGAAACAAAAGGAGCAAUUGUGCAAGGUGGAUAUGGCCAUACGAGCGUCUAUGAUGAGCUGACAAAAUCUGUUUAUGUCCAUGGUGGAUACAAAGCAUUACCUGGCAAUAAAUAUGGAUUGGUGGAUGAUCUUUACAGAUAUGAGGUUAAUACUCGGACAUGGACUAUUUUAAAGGAGAGUGGUUUUGCAAGAUAUCUUCAUUCAGCUGUCUUAAUCAAUGGAGCUAUGCUAAUUUUUGGUGGAAACACUCAUAAUGAUACUUCCCUGAGUAAUGGUGCAAAGUGUUUUUCUGCUGACUUCCUUGCAUAUGAUAUAGCUUGUGAUGAAUGGAAGAUUUUACCAAAGCCUAAUCUACAUCGAGAUGUCAACAGAUUUGGUCACACUGCUGUUGUCAGUAAUGGGUCCAUGUAUAUAUUUGGGGGCUUUUCAAGUGUUCUUUUGAAUGACAUCCUUGUGUACAAGCCUCCAAACUGUGAAGCAUUCAGAGAUGAAGAGCUGUGUAAAAGCGCUCGUCCAGGGAUAAGGUGUCUGUGGAACAAGAAACAUUGUGAAUCCUGGGAAUCUGGACAUGCCAACAACAUCCUUAGAGCAAAAUGUCCAAAGAAAACAGGUAUUGCAGCUGCUGCAGAUGACAGAUGUUACCGGUACGCGGAUUGUGCGAGCUGUACUGCCAAUACAAAUGGGUGCCAGUGGUGUGAUGACAAGAAGUGCAUUUCAGCAAAUAGUAACUGUAGCAUGUCAGUUAAAAACUACACCAAAUGUCACGUGAGGAAUGAACAGAUCUGCAAUAAACUGACCAGCUGCAAAAGUUGCUCACUGCACCUGAACUGCCAGUGGGAUCAACGGCAGCAGGAGUGCCAGGCACUACCUGCUCAUCUGUGUGGGGAAGGAUGGAGUCAUAUUGGAGAUGCCUGCCUCCGCAUAAAUUCUAGUCGUGAAAGCUAUGACAAUGCCAAACUGUAUUGCUACAAUUUGAGUGGGAAUCUUGCCUCAUUAACAACCUCAAAAGAAGUGGAAUUUGUUCUUGAUGAAAUACAGAAGUAUACACUUCAGAAAAUUUCACCUUGGGUAGGUUUACGCAAGAUCAACAUCUCCUACUGGGGAUGGGAUGACAUGUCUCCUUUUACCAAUACAACUCUGCAGUGGCUUCCUGGAGAGCCAAAUGACUCUGGCUUCUGUGCGUAUCUAGAAAGAGCAGAGGUGGCAGGGCUGAAAGCAAAUCCAUGCACUGCAAUGGCAGAUGGUCUUGUGUGUGAAAAACCUGUCGUCAGUCCCAACCAGAAUGCCAGACCCUGCAAAAAGCCAUGCUCCUUGCGAACAACGUGUUCUAACUGCACGAGUAAUGGUAUGGAAUGUAUGUGGUGUAGCAGCACAAAACGAUGUGUUGACUCAAACGCCUAUAUAAUUUCCUUCCCAUAUGGACAGUGUCUAGAAUGGCAAACUGCCACAUGCUCCCCUCAAAACUGCUCUGGACUGAGGACAUGUGGGCAGUGUUUGGAACAGCCUGGAUGUGGAUGGUGUAACGAUCCCAGUAACACUGGAAAAGGGCAAUGUUUGGAAGGAUCAUCAAGAGGCCCAAUGAAGGCUGUAGGCAUGCACUCUAAUGAAAUGGUGCUUGAUGCUAGUCUUUGUCCAAAAGAGAAAAAUUAUGAGUGGUCUUUCAUCCACUGUCCAGCUUGCCAGUGUAAUGGCCACAGCACCUGCGUCAACAGUAAUGUCUGUGAUCAAUGUAAAAACUUAACAACAGGAAAACAAUGUGAAACAUGCAUGCCAGGGUAUUAUGGGGAUCCCACAAAUGGAGGACAGUGUACAGCUUGCACGUGCAGUGGACAUGCAAAUAUUUGUCACAUGCAAACAGGAAAAUGCUUCUGCACAACUAAGGGAAUCAAAGGAGACCAGUGUCAACUCUGUGACUCUGAAAAUAGGUAUCUUGGAAAUCCACUUAGGGGAACAUGCUACUACAGCCUUUUGAUUGAUUACCAGUUUACCUUCAGCUUAUUACAAGAGGAUGAUCGCCAUCACACUGCCAUAAACUUUAUAGCAAAUCCAGAACAGUCAAAUAAAAAUUUGGAUAUAUCAAUUAAUGCAUCAAACAACUUCAACCUCAAUAUUACAUGGUCUAUUGGUUCUACAGCUGGAACAAUAUCUGGAGAAGAGAUUCCUGUUGUUUCGAAAGCUAAUAUUAAGGAAUACAGAGAUAGCUUUUCCUGUGAAAAAUUCAACUUUCGGAGCAACCCAAACAUCACUUUCUAUGUCUAUGUCAGCAAUUUCUCCUGGCCAAUCAAAAUACAGAUUGCCUUCUCACAGCACAAUACUAUCAUGGAUCUGGUGCAGUUCUUUGUCACCUUCUUCAGUUGUUUCUUAUCCUUACUGCUGGUAGCCGCUGUCGUUUGGAAAAUCAAACAAACCUGUUGGGCUUCUCGACGGAGAGAGCAACUUAUGCGGGAGCGACAGCAGAUGGCCAGCCGCCCCUUUGCUUCUGUCGAUGUAGCACUGGAAGUAGGAGCUGAGCAAACAGACUUUCUACGAGGGCCAUUAGAGGGUGCUCCCAAACCAAUUGCCAUUGAGCCAUGUUCAGGAAACAGAGCCGCUGUCCUCACGGUAUUCUUAUGUCUGCCCAGAGGAUCAUCAGGGGUCCCACCCCCUGGUCAGUCAGGUCUUGCAAUUGCAAGUGCACUGAUAGACAUUUCACAACAGAAGCCUGCGGACUGUAAAGAUAAGAGUUCAGGAGUCAGAAAUCGAAAACAUCAUCUUUCAACACGUCAAGGAACUUGCGUCUGAGAUUCAAAAACUACACUUGUAUAUUCUGUAAUGUUUUCUUUUUAAAUGGCUUCCAUUGAAAGCUAUACUACAGCCUCAGUUUUUGUGGAGGCAAAUCUAUGAAUGAACACAUGAGGUACUGUGCUCUGCUAUAGUCACACAGCCUACUGUACCCCAAAGCAGAACAAACUUACGGUAGGUAUAUUUGAUGAGCUUUAUUAAAAAGAGUGGAUCAAUGAACUAUGAAAUAAAAUACUUAGUAUUCUUAAUCCUAAACAUAUCAGAGCAGGAAAAAAUCCUUGAAUAGAACUAGGAAAACUGUACAUUGUUUUUGUAAUGUAGAAGGAAAUUGUAUAAUUGAAAACCAAGCAAAUUCCAAGAAACUAUAGAACAUUUUUGUAUAGCUUAAUGUAACAAUGAGAAUUGUACAGUUCUUUCCUUGUAAUCAGCAUUAAGAUUUCUUUCCAGCAAGUGGCAACUAAAGAGGAUCAUUUGGAUUUAGACGUUCUUUUAUCGUUGCCUGAAAUAGGUUGGCAGCUUUUCAAUUUAGCAUAGGUAUAACCCAAGAAUACCACAUGUCAUAUUUGAAAGUUAAUUCUAUAAAAAAACUUGAUUUGAACAUUUCAUUAUUAUUUUUCUUUACCUUGCAAAAGCCUCAGAAACAUAAUCUGGGCUUCAGCAAAGUAAUGGGUGGGAUUUCAUGUACCCAACAGUCUAUUCUGAUCCAUAUAUUCUACAAAGAGCACAUGUGGGUCCUCCAUGCCAGUUAACUGAUUAGCAAAAUUAAUUCAUCAUGGAAAAGCUGCUUCUGCAAAAAGUUUGUUUUUUAAUUUCCCAAGAAAGUCUCCAAGAUUACAAAUCUAAUGAGAGUUUAACUGCUGUUAUUCUACCUGCUCCAUUUCAAUAUUGAAAUUUUCUAGUUUCUAUUGCCCUGACCUCCAAGCAGAAGAAAUGAAUCCCAGUUAGCACUUUGACCCUUGUUUUUAUAGUAAAGUAUGGGUGCUUUUUUUCUCCUAGCUGCAAAAUUUCAUUCUCACUUUCACACCAGUUAAGGAAUUACCCUGCAUAACAAAAGUGAAAUAAAAAAAUAUUUAGAAAUCCAAGCUGCUUCCAACAGUGGUUCUCAGACCCAACAUCCAGCGUGGAACCUCACAUAAUCAGUACUCGGCAACAAAAAGCAGGUGAAAGAGUUUCCUUUCUGUAGGACAUUAGUCUUUGGGGGGCUCAGUCACCACAACAGAUAACCUAGCAAACAGCUUUAAUUGCCCUCAGUCUUUUUAGUUACUCAAAAUUCAUGAAUAUACAAAAAAAGUAAGAGAAUGCUAAGGGGUACGUAGCAGAUGUGUCAUAUUUUCAUUUAGCGUUACAUGAUAACAGCAGUAUCAUAUGAAACUAGUAGUUUUGUACAAGCUUGGUGAAGGUCUAGUUUCUCAACUCCAAAUUUGCCACCAUACUAGUACAGGAGAGUGGUACGGAGGUAUAAAUGCCUCAUGUGAUGAUAGACUUUUGGUAAAUAUGAAAGAUAUAAAAAGAUAAUUGAUGUUUACUACUAUAUCUGUAUUUUUCAUGUUCUUUUUAUUUUAUGAAGAUGAUGACAUUUUACUGUUUAUAGUUGACUACAUAGUUACUUGCAUGCCAUGGUGGUGCAGUAGCGGUAAUAAAGCCCUGUUGUGAGUUGUGUUUAUUUCGUAACGCCAUUCAUACAUAGAAGUACUCAGCUUAAUUUGGAUGAGGACUAAAUGUAAAAAUAACUAUAAAAAGGAACGAUUGUACAGUAUGUAUUUAUAUCUUAUACAGGAAUAUUAUGUUGCAUCUAACCAUGACUGCUCUAUUGUUUUGAUAAAUUAUGCACUUCUGAAUUAUGGUAUAAUUAUUUCUUAUGCUGGCAUGAUUGUUUCAGUAUUUUCAUAUCUUAAAAUAAGAUUAUUAUUCUAAAAUAAUGCCAUCACAAUCUUGUGACUUUUAUUGCCUUUUCUGACCUCAAUCUCUUAUAUUUUAAAACUUUAAAAAUUCCUUUUAAAGCUUCUGUUGGGAACUUUCAAUCAGUGCUACUUAGCAUAGUGAAAAAAAUGUUUUUUUGAAAACAACCCUUUCUGUCAGUUUUAAAGUUGGUCUGUUCAAAUGAAUAUAAACCAAUGGAAUUGGUUUAUAUGAUGCAUACACUAAUGAAAAGGAAAGAACCACUUGUCUGGUAUAUCUUCCAAACUCUGUAUUAUCCUCAACCUAAACAUUUCACAUAAGAAAUACACAGUGUGUUUUGUGAAUGUACUGGAAACCCUGUGCACAGAAAGACCAUGUAGUCUUGUAGAACAGUUCUGAUUAUGCUCACUCAUAAAGGAUUACAUUCCUCCAUAUCUCAACCAGAGUCUGACAAAUACUUGAAAAGCAGGUGUGAGUUUUAAAAGGAUUAAAAUAUUUUAUUGCAACACUGAAGAUGGGCAAAUAAAUAUCAGCCAUUUUAUUGUGUUAACAGUUAAAAAUGUUAUUUUAUUGUAAAGAAAAGCAUGCUUGUCAUGGGUUCAUUCAGCAUUUUCAUUCACUUUGAGAAUGUUUUUUUCCAAAGUACCUUUUUUCUCCCAGACUCCCUGAUUGCAUGCAAAUUAGUAAAGUCGUAUAAUAAAAAAAUAAAAUUACUUACAUUAAUGGCCACACUGAAAUACUAGAAGCUUGCCAGCACAUCUCAAAACAAAGUUUCAGAAUAACCGUUACAGCUUUCUGCUUGAAAGGAAUAAAACCGGCAUAAUAUGUCUGAUAACUACAUUUUGUUAGUUGUUGGCAAGUGGAAAAUUUUAAUAAUGACCACUGUACAUCAGAUAAGAUGUUUUAUCAACUGUCACAUCGAUUGCUUCAUGAAAAAUUGUUAAAAUUUUUAAAAUUUAGUUUAAAUAGGUAAAUUGUUCUCCAAUUUAACUUUUGAACUGUUUCUUAGAGUCGGAAAUGCUGAAUGGCCUGUUUUACCCCUAAUGUGAUUUAGGUUGGAUGAAAAUUAAACAACUAAGCGCUGUUCUGGAAAGCAAGCCUCAGUGAAAUUCUGAUUGUCAGGAUUCCACCUCCACCCCAUCAGUCCGUGGAUUCUGCCAAGGGAAAUUCAGCAGCUAUGAAUUACUGUUCAAAAUAUGAGAUGGACUGUCCAUGGUAGCAAGGGGUUCACUGUACAUGUGCAGUUCCUCCCUGCACAUGUGUAUUUAUUUAAAUUCCUGAAACAAAUCAAAUUUGUGCACAUAUAAAUAACACUUUAGAAUACUUGCUUCCGUUCAUCACAUUCCUAUCAAAUGUAGUGAAAUGAUAGUUUACCUGUACUAAAAAUGGUUAUUUGUAGGUUGCCACUAAAACCAAAAAGGCCAAAUUCUAGCUAUGCAAAGGCAUGGAGAUACCAUUAAUUAGGAAGAUUCAAAUUCUCCUGAUUUUAAAAUGUUCAUAGCUGACUGCUCUCUUUAUCGUUAGAGUCCCCUCUCAUCUUUCCAAAUCAAAAACAUUUGGACAAAUUCAGAUCGGGAUAUGGAAUUUGUUAUGUGUAAAAUCUGCAGCAAUAAUUAAUUUCUAAAUAAUCUAAUGUGGAGAGCUGGAAUCCUGAUGGUAAGAAUUAUAGUUUGGGACCACUUUAACAGAUGAUCAGUUUUUAUGCAUAAUAACUUUCAUAGUAUUCAUCUAAAUUAUAAAAUCAUCAUGUAUCUAAUUUCAUUACCAGUUUUUUAAAAAGCAUCUGAAAGGUUUCUUGACAAUAAAGGAAAAGUCUCUGUUAAA